AAUACCGCACUGGAUGCCGAGGAUCAGAAAUCAACCAAAAAGGGCAAGGACAAGCUGUCGAAAAAAGCUCAACGAAUGCCCGGACACCUGGACGAUGACGAGGAGGAGAGUGAAUCCUCGGGCAGUGAUAGCGAUGCCUCCUACGAUCUGGACGAUGGUCAAACCGUCAGACACAUCUCACGUUCAAAGAAUAAGAAAAAGAAGCAGCAGCACAAGGGCUCGUCCGAUGAGGAGGAGGAAGAGGCUGGGGCAGGGAGUGACGACGCUAUAGCAGACGAGGACGAGGACUCGGACUUUGACCUGGAGGCAGCUCUGAAUGAGGAGGUGGAGGAUGAAUCAGAGCAUUCAGAUGAUGCUGACGACGAUGAGCUGACGGACUUUAGGCUCGAGGACUUUGGGGGUGAGGAUAAGGAGAAAGAUGAGGGCAAAAAAAAGGCGAAAAAACGACCUCGUCACGAUAAGUCCUCUCACGCCGCAGGCCGGGACGCGCUGUCGAAUGGCGCUUUUGGAGAUGACGACGGUGCAGAUGAUCAACAGAAUAAGAAAAAGAAGAGGAAGACUUCAGGGCUGAAGAAUAACAAGCCCCAGAAGAAGAUGAAGAAGGAGUUUGAAGGAAAAGUGGGCGGAGCUUCGAGUGCCAACAAAAAACUGAAGGCUGGUGGUUUAGAAAUGGCACCAAAGAAGCAUGCGGACAAAUUCAGGAAAAACCAUCAAGCAGCGAAGCAGAAGCAGAAGAAGAGAACUGCCUGA